AUGAAACAAACGACUACAUCUACUCGAUCUAUGUCACCAUUUAACGGAUCCCGAGCAAAUACGACCAAAAAUAAUAAAGUCGAUUUGACUAAAAUCAAGAUAUGGAAUUCAGACGAUGUUGAUUUGCCUCGUUUCGAUGAAUUAACACAUUGUGAAAUUGGCAAAUGGGCAAUUUUUAAAGAAACUAAUGAUAAUUCAGAUGUAUUUUUUGUUCUUGAACUCCAAGUUAUUCCUGAAACAUACUACGAUCAAACAACAAGCGAUUAUCGACUACGAUUUCGAUAUGAAAAACAAAUUAUUGUUGGUGAAAGUCAAAAACAAGAUAAAAAAGUCUUGAUACAAUAUGCGUUUGGCAAUGAUCCAAACGAACAGCUACAAUUAUUUACAUCAUACUAUUAUCGUGUAGCUACAAUGCCACGUGUAACACGAAUUCGUGAGAUGUUACCGGAUAAAUUAGGAUCCAAACUAUUAUUACGUAUCAUUGAAGCCGAAGCUGCCCUACUCGAACUUAAAUUGACCAAUGAUCCAGCUGCAGCACUUCGUUUCUAUUCACUUAUUCCUCAUCGACCAGAGUAUAAUGUUGAUCUCAUAAAGAAUCGUCGAACAUUGACCGACAAGAUAGAUUUAUGCCAAAUGCUUCGAGAUAUGCUAACAGUCAACGAACUAACUAAUUGGAAUGUUAAAGCACCGAUUGAAGCUAAAUAUCGAGCAUUAAAAUGUCACAUUGAAGCGGUAGAUAGUUCAAAAUCUGAAUUUAAGAAUGUUGCUGAUCUCAUUCAAUCGUCAACGGACAGUGAUGAAAAAAUUAUUAUUCACCAUGUCUUCAGUGUAGCCAAACAAACAGAUGCACUCAAUUAUUGUACAUCACUAUCUCAUCAACGGCAACUAUUUCAUGGAUCGAAAUAUGCUAAUUUUCUUGGAAUUCUGUCACGUGGUUUGGCUAUGCCAAAAAUGGUUGUUGAAGAAUUAGGUGUCGUACGUACUGAUAUUGGUUGUCUCGGUUAUGGGAUUUAUUUUUCUGAUUCUGCUUCUACAUCUCUGAAAUAUACAACAGCAAGUACAACACGACCAGGUCGAAGAUUAUUGUGCAUCUGUCAAGUAGCACUAGGCGAAUCGGCUAAUUAUUAUUCAUUUUCACCGACUCUUACUAAACCUCCCAAUGGUUUUCAUAGUGCCCAUGGAGUUAAGCGAACGGAGGAAAAUCAUUCAAUGUUUACUGAUAACGAAUAUGCAAUCUAUCAACUUGACCAACAACGUCUACUCUACAUUGUGGAAGUUUCAUGGGUACCAAAUGAUGCUCUCAAUAUUGAAUUAGAACGAUUACCGAUUGUUCAUCAUCAACAACAUACAUUAAAAUUGAGUGAACAUGUCGAAGUGCCGUUGACAAUCGACGAUGAAGUCAUUGAAGUAGCUGAACAAGACUAUGGUUUAAUAUGUCCUUCGUCAGGAAAACUUGUACCACUUAAAUCAUUUCAUAUUCGUGCUCAAAUUGUUGAUGCUACAGUUGAAGUUGUUCUUUAUCAAGUCUAUCAUAAUACAAGUUCGACACCAAUUGAAGCCAAAUAUGUAUUUCCUCUUGAUGAUAAUUCAACUGUAUGCGGUUUUGAAGCACAUAUUAACAAUAAAGUUAUAAAGGGCAUCGUCAAGGAGAAAGAACAAGCUAAAAAAGAAUAUCGAGAAGCAAUUGAAAAGGGUCAUGGUGCUUAUUUAAUGCAUCAAGAACAAGCUCAAGUAUUCAGUGUAGCUGUUGGCAAUCUACCAGCGAACAAUGAAGUCAUUAUCAAGAUAACUUAUGUUGCUGAAUUAGAAAUCGAAAAUGGUGAUAUUAUUUUUCGCCUUCCAGUCAAAAUGGCUUCAUGGCAAUCAAAACAAGCGAUUGAAAGCAAAGAUCAAUCGAUUGUACGAACCAUCGAUAUUAUAGAUGAAAAAGUCGAAUUUAGUUUUAAGGCAUCGAUUCGAAUGCCCUAUGAAAUAACUAAAUUAUUCUCGCCAACACAUCGUCUUCGUCGAAAAUUAACCGACUGUAUAGCCAUGAUCGAACUUGUUGAUAACGUUUUAAUUGAUCGAGAUUUCGUUCUUUCGAUAACACUCAAAAGUGCUAAUCUACCUCGAAUAUUAAACGAAACAUUAUCAUUGGAUGGUGACAGCGAAACAACAACGACAACAUCGAACAAUGUUGAUUCUCAAGCAUGUAUGCUGACAUUUUAUCCACGAUUCGAAACAUUAACAAAUUCGUACGAACAUAUUGAAAUUAUAUUCAUUGUUGAUGUGUCGAAUUCGAUGGAUGGUACACAUGUACAACAAGCUAAACAGUUAGCACAUUUGUUUCUUACGAAUUUGAAAGCAGGCGACAUAAAUACAUAUUUUAAUAUAGUGACGUUUGGAUCAGAUAAUGAUGAAUGUUUUCCUAUUUCAACAUCAACUACAAAAGAAAAUCUUGAUAAAGCUAAACACUUUGUUUUGCAUUCACUUGUUCAUCGUGGUAACACGAAUCUAUUUGCUGUUCUUCACCGUUAUGCAUUGUUACCAUCAUCAAAUUUUGGUCGACAAUUUAUUAUUCUCUCUGAUGGACAUAUUCAUGAUCUUCAAUCGAUUCUUGUUUUACUCGAACAUCAAUCAACUAUGCGUCGAGAUCGUAUAUUUGCAUGUUCAAUUGGUAAUGUUGGUAACAAACAUAGUUUGAAACAAUUAGCAAAUGGAGCAAGUGGAGGUGGUCUAACAAUCGUAUUCGAUUCGAAUUAUCGAUCGAAAUGGAAAACAAAAGUAUUAAAUAUUCUCGAACAAGUUCGACAACCAUGUGUUACAAGUAUAUCAAUUGAUUGGCAUGGUCGUUUUGAUGAACAACAAAAAUUUAAUAUGCAAGCACCAAAAAUAAUUCGAUCAUUGUUUAAUGGAAUGCGACUUAGUGUCUAUCGAUUUAUACAAAAUUGUCAUAAGGCCAUAUUAACAGCUACUAUCGAUGGACAAGAAUAUGUUACAACUGUAUUUAGUAGUGCAACGACAACGACGAAAGGACGUAUCCUACACUGUUUAACCGCUCGAGCAAUUAUCGAUGAUUAUGACAAUGGGUUAUUGCAUGUAGAUGAAAGUGAAAAUGAACUGAUGAAAGUUCAAUAUAAACAAGAUCUCAUUGAUCUAAGCAUCAAACAUUCAGUCGUUAGUGCAUACACUAGUUUCGUUGCUAUCGAAGAACGUGAUACUAAAACAGAUGCAAAAACUCUUCAAUCAGGUUAG